GAUUGGUCUGUGGCUCCAGGCCCCUCCAGGGCCCCUCAUAUGUAAGUGAUGCCUGAAAUGUGAGGCCAGUGCCUCCACACAGGGAAACCUGAGCAGAGGAGUGUGCAGCCCGAUUGAUGGGCUGGGAGCUGCCACCUCCCUCCACACCUCUCUCCACAUUCAAUCUCUAAUGGCCCAAGGAGCAGAGAGCACUGCCCCGCUCAGGAAGAGAGGCCAGCAAGCAUGAGGACAGGCAGGCGCCCCUGGCUGGAGGCAAGCAUGGCUAAGCAGACUGUGUGAGCCCAGACAGGGCUCCCGGGAACACUGCCACCAUGAGCCUCCAGUCCCAGGGCCUGGAGGAGACAGCCCGAGGAGGAGGGAGAGGGCAGGCCAGGAGCAGCUCUCCAAGCACAGGUGACAGAUCCGGGAAGAGGCCGUCAAGGAAACCAGUCCCCAAAGCCAAUACGGCACCGGGCAGGCAUGGAGCCCAAUGGGGCAGAAAAGAGCGAACCCCGGGCAGCCCCAGGCUGGGGUCCCCCAGGAGGAAGCUGGCGGAGAGCGGGCGACGUGGCCAGGAGCUGCGGGGGCGGGAAAGAAGCUUUGCCAACAGGACCCGCGACAGCAGGAGGAAGAGGGACCAGCGGGCUUCCCUGAAGGAGCAGAGCGCGUCCUCAAAGAAGGGAAAGAGACGUCGGAGGAAGGAGGAGCCGUGGGAGCGACAGAAGAAACCCAGGUCACUCUCGUUAGCCUCCAGUGAGGACUCUCUGUCUGAGGAGGAGUUGGCCUGCAUCCUGGAGCAGGUGGAGGAAAAGAAGAAGCUCAUUGCCACUAUGCGGAACAAGCCCUGGCCCAUGGCCAAGAAGCUAACUGAGCUCAGGGAGGCCCAAGAGUUUGUGGAGAAGUAUGAAGGAGCCUUGGGAAAGGGGAAAGGCAAGAGACUGUACGCAUACAGGAUGCUGAUGGCGAAGAAAUGGGUCAAGUUCAAGAGAGACUUUGAUAAUUUUAAGAUGCAAUGUAUCCCCUGGGAAAUGAAAAUCAAAGACAUUGAAAGUCACUUUGGUUCUUCAGUGGCAUCGUAUUUCAUCUUUCUCCGGUGGAUGUAUGGAGUCAACCUUGUCCUUUUUGGUUUAAUAUUUGGUCUCGUCAUAAUCCCAGAGGUACUGAUGGGCGUGCCCUAUGGAAGUAUUCCCAGAAAGACAGUGCCUCGGGCUGAGCAAGAAAAAGCUAUGGACUUCUCUGUCCUCUGGGACUUUGAGGGAUAUAUCAAGUACUCGGCUCUCUUCUAUGGCUACUACAACAACCAGAGGACCAUUGGGUGGCUGAGGUACAGGCUUCCCAUGGCUUACUUUAUGGUGGGGGUCAGCGUGUUUGGCUACAGCCUGAUGAUUGUCAUCAGAUCGAUGGCCAGCAAUUCCCAGGGGAGCACGAGCGAGGGGGAGAGUGACAAUUUUACCUUCAGUUUCAAGAUGUUCACCAGCUGGGACUACCUCAUAGGGAAUUCAGAGACAGCUGACAACAAAUAUGCCUCCAUCACCACCAGCUUCAAGGAAUCAAUCGUGGAUGAACAAGAGAGUAACAAGGAAGAAAAUAUCCAUCUGACAAGAUUUCUGCGUGUUCUGGCCAACUUUCUCAUCAUUUGCUGCUUGUGUGGGAGUGGGUACCUCAUUUACUUUGUGGUAAAGCGAUCCCAAGAAUUCUCCAAAAUGCAAAAUGUCAGCUGGUAUGAAAGGAAUGAGGUGGAGAUCGUGAUGUCCCUGCUUGGGAUGUUUUGUCCCCCUCUGUUUGAAACCAUUGCUGCCUUGGAGAAUUACCACCCACGCAUUGGACUGAAGUGGCAGCUGGGACGCAUCUUUGCGCUCUUCCUGGGGAACCUCUACACAUUUCUCUUGGCCCUGAUGGAUGAUGUCCACCUCAAGCUUUCUCAUGAAGAAACAAUAAAGAAUAUCACCCACUGGACUCUGUUUAACUAUUACAACUCCUCCAACUGGAAUGACAGUGUCCCCCGGCCACCCCUGCACCCUGCAGACGUGCCCCGGGGCUCUUGCUGGGAGACAGCUGUGGGCAUUGAAUUCAUGAGGCUGACAGUGUCUGACAUGCUGCCCUCGUAUGCUGAGUUUGACAUUAGUGGAAAUGUCCUGGGUUUGAUUUUCAACCAGGGAAUGAUCUGGAUGGGCUCCUUCUAUGCCCCGGGACUGGUGGGCAUCAACGUCCUGCGCCUGCUGACCUCCAUGUACUUCCAGUGCUGGGCCGUGAUGAGCAGCAACGUGCCCCACGAGCGCGUGUUCAAGGCCUCACGCUCCAACAACUUCUACAUGGGCCUGCUGCUGCUGGUGCUCUUCCUCAGCCUCCUGCCGGUGGCCUAUACCAUCAUGUCGCUCCCACCCUCCUUUGACUGCGGCCCGUUCAGUGGGAAAAACAGAAUGUACGACGUCCUCCAUGAGACCAUUGAAAACGAUUUCCCGACCUUCCUGGGCAAGAUCUUCGCUUUCCUUGCCAACCCAGGCCUCAUCAUCCCAGCCAUCCUGCUGAUGUUCCUGGCUAUCUACUACCUGAACUCAGUUUCCAAAAGUCUUUCCCGAGCCAAUACCCAGCUGAGGAAGAAAAUCCAGGCGCUCCGUGAAGUCGAGAAAAGCCACAAAUCUCUCAGAGGCAAAGCCACUGCCAGAGACUCAGGGCAUCCACUGGAAAGCAGUUCCAAAAAUGCCAUCCCACUCCAACUCACCAAGGAAGAGACCACACCUCACUCUGCCAGCCAAAGCCAGACCCAGGACAAGAAGGCACAGGACCCCAGGAUGGAUGCCAGUGUUGCUGGCAGGAGCAUGCCAUCUGCCUCCCAGCACCUCCCUCGAGCUCAUUCCCCAAGUGUCAGAGCAGAUCCUGGCCAAGCCCGGUCACAGGCUCAUCUCUGGAGGUCAGGCUCUGGCAAGGGUGCCCAGAGGCCUCACUACUGAUAGUCAGACUCGAAGGUGCAUGGUGUAGGGUGAGGGGGCGCUGAACUCUGGGCUCCAACCCCUCCCCCCACCAAAAUUAUUUCCUUUGUGCUAACAAGGACACUUUGAUGCCAUUGUCCCAGCCCUGGCAGGGGAGCUGGCGUCACCCCUGUGGCAACCACUGUCACCUGUAUCUUGAUGCAGACAGCUCCAGACCUCAUGCUCACAGUGGAUUCCCUUGGUUCCAGAAUCUGGGAGGACACAGGCCCUGGCCACCCACCCUUGUAGACCUUGUCCGCGAGGCGCUGCAGGGUCCUGGGUUCUGUGCUAACUCAGAGGGGGCUGCAGAGGGGACUGUGUUUGUGAACACCACCUCUCUCCAAAAGAUGUGAAGCAGUUUAAGCAAAAUGUCCAGGUAACUUCUGAACCACCAGCAUGUGGGCCUUGUGCUCUAGACAUUUUGGAUGCUUCUUCCACUUCAAAUCCACCAGUCACCCCCCAGACCUCUGCUCCAAGGCCACUCUGCAUGGGAUGCAGAAUCAUUCCAAAAACUCCACCUGCUCAACCCGACUCGGCCGGCAACAGCACCACAUGGACAUCUUCCCAGCCUUCCAAAGCAUCUCUCCUGUUCUCCCAUGCUGUUUUAGUGCCACAAGUGAAGCCUUUAUCCCACUGCACUACGAUGAGAUGUGAUCAGGACUAUGACAGGAGAGUGUUUGAGCCUCAUUAAUGUAAAACCCAGGCUGUGAAUGGCAUGCAUUGAGCAAUGGGAGAGGCCUCGGCCAAAGGCACUCCUGCCUCCCAGAGUCCAAGCUGAGCCACACAGAAAACACCUGUAAGAACAAGCCCCUCUGCUUCCACUGCAUUUCCCAUCCCACUGGUCAGGGAAUGAAAAUACAAAAUACAAAAUAAA